AUGACAACCGAAGGCAGCAGUUUGACGACAGGCCUGAACCUCGAAGGCUUGGUGCAUGCCCUCCUGUCUAAUAAUAUAGAAUUGGACAAGAGACUCAGCGCGGUUGAAGCCAAAGUGAUGACUAUAGAUCUCACGAAGCCUGGCGAAAGAAGUAACGCCGCAUUAAUUCACGAGAACACCGCCGGGGAUAGACAGUCUGAUCAGGCUAUACCCGGCAGAGUUCGAGUGGUGAGGACGCGGGAUAUCAAGGAUCUGAUAAUAGAAGAGCAACAGGAGUGGCGAGAGAGAACGCAUGAUGCUGUUGAAGAUGUUGAGGUUUAUGUCGAGGGGCAGCUCUGGUAG